ACUGUGAUCAGAGAGUUGCUGUCAUUUUUGACCAGAUUGAAAAGGACGGUGCAACUGCAAUUGAGGAUCGCUUACAAGAUGAAGUGCCUAAAUAUAUAGUCACCCUAAAACAUGCUGGAAUUAAAAUUUGGGUCUUGACAGAAGACAAAAUGAAAACAGCGAUUAGCAUUGAUUUUUCUACCUGUCUGUUGGCCAGGAAUAUAAACCUUAUUAUCAUUCGCGGAGAUACAUACGGAGAAACAGCAACCAUUUCUCCCAAUCCAUACAUCCCAAGGAGUCCCGGCAUAUCCUACGACCCACAAGAACAACCUUCAUCUACCCCUAUCACUCCAAGAACUCCUCUGCCACAACAAUAUUUAUCUUCUCCAAUUUCACCAAAACAUCUUCUUUACAUUACCAGGAGCCAUAUAUUAUCACAAAAAUUUUGA